CUGCGCCUUAAAGCCUGAGCUUCCUCAGGAAGCCUCACACGGGGACGAUGAGGGGGCUGCUCACGUUUGCUGCGCUGGUUCUGACCGUUUCCACCAAGGAGACGUUUGAGGGGCAUCAGGUGCUUCGCAUCACUCCCAAGGACGACAUCCAGCUGCUUCUAGUCAAAUACCUGGAAACCAUGACUGAGCUGGAGCUGGACUUCUGGCAGGGCGCCACAGACGUGAGCCUUCCUGUGGAUGUCAGGGUUCCCUUCCACAGCCUGCAGGCGGUCAAAGUUUACCUGGAGACUCAGAGCAUCCAGUACCACAUCAUGAUCAAAGACCUGCAGGCGGUGCUGGAGGAGGAGCAGCAGCAGAUGGAGUCCGUUCGCUUUGCUCAGCCCUCAAACACCGACGCCUUCGACUACGCCAACUACCACACCCUCAGUGAGAUCUACAGCUUCCAGGACAUGCUGGUGGCAGAGAAUCCCAAACUGGUGAGCAAACUGGUGAUCGGUCAGAGCUACGAGGGCCGAGCGCUGAACGUCCUGAAGUUCAGCACCGGUGGAACCAACCGUCCCGCCAUCUGGAUCGACACUGGGAUCCACUCCAGAGAAUGGGUCACACAGGCCAGCGGCACCUGGUUCGCCAAGAAGAUCGUGAAGGAUUACGGCACCGACCCGGCUCUGACCGCCAUCCUGGACAAGAUGGACAUCUUCCUGGAGAUUGUGACCAACCCUGACGGCUUCCAGUUCACCCACACCAGCAACCGUCUGUGGCGUAAGACCAGGAAGCCCAAUCGUGGCUCUAACUGCAUCGGCGUCGACCCCAACAGGAACUGGGCUGUUGGGUUUGGAGGACCUGGUACCAGCAGAGACCCAUGCUCAGACAUUUACCCUGGACCCAGGGCAAACUCUGAGUCUGAGGUCAAGGCCAUCGUGGACUUUGUGAGGUCCCACAGGAACAUCAAGGCCUUCAUCUCCAUCCACUCCUACUCGCAGCUGCUCAUGUACCCCUACGGCUACACCAGGACUCCAGCCAAGGACGAGGAUGAGCUGCGCAGACUGGCUAAGAAGGCUACAGAUGCACUGGCUUCACUGUUCGGUACUCGCUACCGCUACGGCAGCAUCAUCAGGACCAUCUACCAGGCCAGUGGAGGAAGCAUCGACUGGGCCUACGACCAGGGCAUCAAGUACUCCUACACCUUCGAGCUGAGGGACACCGGCUUCUCUGGCUUCAUGCUGCCGGCCCAGCAGAUCAUCCCCACUGCUGAGGAGACCUGGCUGGCUCUGAGGGCCAUCAUGGAACACACCAACAGGAACCCAUGUUAAAACCAUCACGUGUGUGUGAGAUGGGAUGUUGGCAUUGUCAUAUCUUUCUAGUUACUUCUACAAACUGUAAACUGGUGAACUGAUGUCUUGAUUAGUUCAUGCCACACCA